UGGGUGUUGGAGAGCAAGGGAGGAGGUAGAGGUGGUAGAGGGAUGAAGAGGUGAGGGAGAGAUUGUCCAGGGAUCGAAGACGGCUGCAAGGCACGCUUGUACCAUCUCAGCUCACCUCUCUCUCUCACGCACACACCCCAGUCUCUGAGACCCGGGCAUCUCUCUCUGACCAUGGACGUGUCAGCGCUGGGCAGUGGGAGCAGCUGUUCAGAGGAUUGUGUGCUAGGGUCUGGCUGUCUGGAGGACUGUGGGAACCAGAGUGACCAGACUGACUGGGAAUGGGAGGACUUCAGUGGGGCUGAGCUGGUGUGUGUGACAGCCGUGUGUGUGCUGCUGCUGGCCCUGGGCAUCACAGGAAAUAUGUUAACCAUCCUGGUAGUUUGGCUCCGGCCACACCUGAGAAGCACCACCUACCUCUACCUGAGUAGUAUGGCCGUCUCCGACCUCCUCAUACUGCUUCUGAUGCCUUUAGAUCUGUACUACAAGCUGUGGAGGUUCCGGCCCUGGGAUCUGGGUGAUGCAGUGUGUAAGCUGAGUGUGUUCAUCAGUGAGAGUUGUACCUACUCCUCCAUCCUCCACAUCACCGCCCUUUCUCUGGAGCGCUACCUCGCUGUCUGUCGACCACUCACAGCCAAGACCCUGGUCACACGGACCCGCGUCCGUACUCUCAUUGGCUGCCUGUGGGUUGUGGCCGUGAUCAGCGCUGGGCCGGUGUUUGCUAUGGUAGGGGUAGAGGAGCUGGGGGGAGGUGAGGGGGAGAGCGAGUGUCGCUGUACGGACUACGCCGUCUCCUCAGGCCUGCUGGGGGCCAUGAUGUGGCUCUCCAACCUCUACUUCCUGGUGCCGCUGGGCAUUCUGGGAGUUGUGUAUGGCCUGAUCGGCAGGAAGCUUUGGCUCCGCCCACAACGCAGCAGCCGAGACCGCGCCCAGCGACACACCAUCAAGAUGCUCGGGAUGAUCGUGCUGGCGUUUGUUCUGUGUUGGCUGCCAUUCCACGUUGGUCGGAAGUUGUUCUCUGUGACUCUGGGCUCCAGCGCUGAUAUGUACUACAUCUCUCAGUACUUUAACCUGGUCUCCUUUGUGUUGUUCUACCUCAGUGCUGCUGUCAACCCUAUCCUCUACAACACCAUGUCAGCACGCUACCGCCACGCUGUCCGCAGCCUGCUGCGCUCACACACACCCCGCUCCCACCACCCCCCACCCACGCCACAACACUCUACUACCACCCUGUAACUCACACACACCCCGCUCCCACCACCCCCCACCCACGCCACAACACUCUACUACCACCCUGUAACUCACACACACCCCGCUCCCACCACCCCCACCCACGCCACAACACUCUACCACCACCCUGUAACUCACACACACCCCGCUCCCACCACCCCCACUCACCUCACAACACUCUACCACCACCCUGUAACUCACACACACCCCGCUCCCACCACCCCCACUCACCCCACAACACUCUACCACCACCCUGUAACUCACACACACCCCUCUCCCACCACCCCCCACUCACCCCACAACACUCUACCACCACCCUGUAACUCACACACACCCCGCUCCCACCACCCCCCACAACACUCUACCACCACCCUGUAACUCACACACACCCCUCUCCCACCACCCCCCACAACACUCUACCACCACCCUGUAACUCACACACACCCCUCUCCCACCACCCCCACCCAUGCCACAACACUCUACCACCACCCUGUAAUUCACACACACCCCGCUCCCACCACCCCCACCCACGCCACAACACUCUACCACCACCCUGUAAUUCACACACACCCCUCUCCCACCACCCCCACAACACUCUACCACCACCCUGUAACUCACACACACCCCUCUCCCACCACCCCCCACCCACGCCACAACACUCUACCACCACCCUGUAACUCACACACACCCCACCCCCACCACCCCCCACUCACCCCACAACACUCUACUACCACCCUGUAACUCACACACACCCCGCUCCCACCACCCCCCACCCACGCCACAACACUCUACCACCACCCUGUAACUCACACACACCCCGCUCCCACCACCCCACAACACUCUACCACCACCCUGUAAUUCACACACACCCCGCUCCCACCACCCCCCACUCACCUCACAACACUCUACCACCACUCUGUAACUCACGGACACACACACACACACACACAGAAAACCUUGGAGAUGGAUGGAGGAAUAAGACUUUGUUUAGAGGCACAUUGUCUUUAGUGAGACAUACUGUCAGAUUUAUUGUAUAAUAUUUGAUUCAUAUAUAUUUUCCAUUUUGAUGACUGUUGGUUCUAAACCCCUGAAGGUGUGUGUGUUCUCAGAGUGAUGUGUAAAAAACUGUAAUUCCAGCCUUUUGUCUUUGUGGUACUUUAGCUCUGGUGUGUGUGUGUGUGCAUGCGUCUGUGUGUGUGCGUGUGUGUGUGUGUCACCAUGGUGACUAGUGAUGGUAAGAAUGGCCCCUGGGGAAUAUUGGCGGGUUGGGAGAUUGAUUAGAGGGGGUUACUGGGAUUAUUGGUUAAUGUGAGGGAGGGAGGGAUGUAAGGUGUGUGUGUGUGUGUGUAGCAGUAGGAGGUUGCAGCCUUUGAGUUGACAGCGUGCUCAGAGUUCCACUCUGUCUCAUCACAGACUGACUCAUUUAGCAGACUUGACACCUGCAAGCCCACCCACCCCACUCACACAGCUCCUGGGAAGCUCUUGGGAGCCACACAUUCUAAUAAAUCAGUGGCAUCAAUUAACAAGGGAGACAAGGACACCAGUGGCUACUGCAAACCACCAGGCUCAGAUCUGAAUAUCACAGCAAAGUAUAUUUUUUUUAUUUAAAAAAAAGUCCCUUUUUUUCACAUCACAGUACAACAUAUUCAGUCCCCAUUUGAGUAUUUUGUAUUGAUGUACAUUUUUGAAUGUGUUACAUCUAAUCUAAAUAAAACAUUUGACUGAUAAUAAA